UGCAAGAGGAGUGUGCAAUCCCAGAGAGACAGAAAGGGGACCACCUAUCUCACCGACCUCUGUGACAAGAAACUCCCCAAUGAGAGCAGACAACAUCAACCCUAGGACAGGGCUGGUCGUGGCUCUGGUGAGUGUCUUCCUGGUUUUUGGCUUCAUGUUCACAGUGUCCGGAGUGAGAGGCGAGACUCUAGGGGAUAUUCCGCUCAUUGCGAUCGGGCCUGCUAUCUUUCUGCCCGGUCUGGCUGCCAUCCUGCUGGCCAAGAAGACCGAUGGAUUCUCCAAGUGGCCGGCAGCCCUGUGUGGUGCUCGGAACAGAGGGGAUACCGAAGGCGAGCUCCUGGCUACCCCGAGCGUCGAGGGCAGCUGGCAGGACGUAUCCAAGAACUCCACCAGGACCCAGACCCCCGAAGUCGAGGAAGGAGGUUUCUCUGUGGACUCUAGGAGCCUGAUCCGCAAGAGCGACCAAGAGGCGGCCAGGAGGUACCUAGAGACCUACUACCCAUCCGGCGUCUUCAACUACUGCGCCUUCGCACGGCUUUGCUCCAACCGGGACAGCGCCUUCUACACCAGUGUCUACUCUACCCGGGACAGCGUGGUCUACUCCCCCCGGGACAGUGUGCCCUACGGGAGAUAUUACUGCUGUUACCCCAGCCCAGGAGAAACCCAACAUGUCAGACUUUGCUGGGACUACGAGACAGUAGUGUGAGGGAAACUUGAAAACGAAGUGUGCGGCCGCUGCAGCCGAAUAGCAACCCCCCCCACACCCCU